AUGACAUGGCUCGGCCGACGUUCUGAGUUCUCUCGGGUUUUGCAUCUCCACCAUACCCCUCGGGUCUACAUGGGAAAUAACGCGUGUAAGACUGCCGAAUGGUUGGUUGUUGGCACCCGCCUCAACCUCGAUGAGCAUGAGCACGAGUUGAGUGUCUGCCUAGGCAUACUUGACUGGGUGAAGUACACGCAGAUGAUAUGUCAAGUACCCAAACCUAGCUUCGCGCAUUCCCCCGCUGAACCCGCCUCACAAGUAGUAUCCCAAGACCCUUGGUGCAUAGUAUAUGCAGCAAGCUUCCAGGCCCACCGAACCAGGGCGAACGUUUUGGUCGUGAACCCGACCUGCCUUGCCUCUAAACAAGAGCGCGCAACUACGAAUAGCCCCGUCUCGGCCUACCAACUGUGGCUGCAGCAUCCACAAGAAGCCUUUCAGUUUAUUCGUCCUAUCAAAUUUUCGACGCAACAACGUCGUGGAUGCGUGGAAUAUAGGCUCAUAGGCUAG